AUGUCUAAUUUUUGGAAAGAAAUACAAAAUUAUUCUGGAUGCACAGAUUUUGAAUAGUUACAAUAUUAUCUCAACAUCAUAUACAAAGUAACAUUUAAUAAAAACUUUAGUAUGAAAUAUAAUUAGAAGACUUUUAAACUAUACAUCCAGUAUAUUUAGCAAAAUUAAUGCAUUUACACUAAUUAGCAAUAUAAUAUUAUGAACAUUCAACUGAGGAAUUAAUAGAGUAUGAAAAAUACAACUUAAAGUCUACAUUAGAUAUUGAAGAACAAGUAAAUAGACAAUUUAUUUAUAGAUUAGAAAAAAAGAAAAAAAACUCAUAGAAAGCAAAGUAAAUAUAAAGGCAACAUAAAAAAAAUUAUAAUUAGAAUUGAAUUAAAAAGAUAAAUUCAUACAGAAAAUUAUAAACACUUAAUUAAUUUAAUGUCUUUAUUGUGAUUAGGUAGUCACAACAGAGUCUUAAUUUGAUUUACAUAUGUAAUAAUAUCAUAAAAAAGAAUUUAAUAAAAAAGAAGUUAAUAUUAUCAAUCAAGCAUUGUAAAAUCAAUUAUUAACAUAAUAAUUAAGUAAUAAGGUUAUCUAAUAAAAUCAGCAAAAUUAUUUAGCCUUAAAUUAUCAAUUACUUUAAUUCACUAAAGAAUAAUUAUCAAGAGAAACUACAAAUUUUAUAGAAAAUACUUUAGAAGUCACUGGAAAAAUUAAAAAUAUUGAUCAAAAUUAUACAAAAGAAAUAAAAAAUUUGGAAGAAGAAAUUGAUAAUAAAUUAAAUUUGAUUUAACUUAAUGUAGAAAAGGAAGAAUAAAUAAGAGAAUAAUAAGUCAAAGAGAAAGUUGCAUUAAUGGAAGAAUAAAUAAUGCAAGAAUUUGAAAAAUCAAGAUCUCAUCUUUUAAAAUCAAAAUAAGUAAAUAAAAUGAAAACCAAUACUUUUAUAGGGAAAUCUCAAGAAAGUUCAGUGUAUAACUCUUAAUAACCACCAUCUGCUGUAUUCUAAUAAUAAUCUGGAAUUCAAAGAGGAUAAACUACUAUAAAUAUUUAAAGUCUUGCGAAUAUUGAAUAAGAUGAAUUAAUUUAAGAUGAUCAAUUCCAAAAAACAAAUUAAUAGUAAUUUAAAAUUUAAAUUAAACCAACUUCAGAAUUAGACACUCCUCUUUAAGGUAAAUUUGAAUAAUCUUAAUAACUUUCUGAAUCUUUAUUAGGAAGCUAACGUUUAUUGGUUAAACCAUCAACUGAAAUAUAAUAAUAAUAAUCAAAAUUUCAUAAGUAAGUUUAGAAAAAGAAUUCAGAAUCUGAAGGAGAUUAAUCAUUCAAUAAAAAUGAUAAUUAAUAUUAUAAUGAUGAUAAUAUUGAUUAUCUAGUAUAAAACCUUGAGAUGUAUCAUAAUGCAAUUGAUUCAUAAUAAAAUAUGCUAUUUGAAUUGUAAUUAUAUUAUUUUUUUAUUAUUUAGAUUAUUAAAUAGAAGUAAAGGUUCUAGGCCUACAUGUUCAGACCUAUAGAAAAAACAUUAUAGAUAAAUCUUAGAGAAAAAUAUUGAAAAAGACAUGAAAGGAAUAGAAGGAUUUGAUCUUAAAGUUUUAAAGAAAACAUAUGAUGAUUUAAAUAAAUAACUUAAGGAUUAAUAAGCAAAUGCAGAUGAAAAACUAUAAUUAUACUCUUUUAAUGAGGAAUCUCAUACUCCAGAAGAAAUUGAUUCUAGAAGAGCAACUUAAUUUUUAAAUAUUAGAUCUAGAAAAAAUAGUGGGAAACAUUUAAAAAAUCCAUCAUAGAAUUGA